AUGGCAACAGAAAAUAGUCAACCAGAGAAACAACUAUCAUCUGCUGCUGCAAAACCUACCAUCACUUCAUGCCGAAAGAAGAAGUCUGAUGAUGCUACUUUUAUGGAGGAUUUGCGCGACCACAUUGACGAGUUUAUUCAUGCAUCUAUGGAUGAACACAAGGCCUGCUUCAAGAAGACAAUCCAAAAGAUGUUUGGAAUGUCGAAAGUUGUUGCGGAAAGGAGCUCUGAGACCAAGGAGGUGGAAAGUGCUCUACCCCUUCAAACUACCUUGGCUGACCAGUAG